AUGCGAUUACAGGAUUUAUUGGAAAAGGCUCAGUGUGUUUUGAACAGCUCGGAUUUUGGAGAUGGAGACUUAAAGUUCAAGAAAUCUUGGAAAAUGAAGGAAGGGUUAAGGAUGGUCUUGAUGUCUGUGACGCGUUCUUCAGAAGACUUAAUUCAAAGAAGGCAAUGAAAAACUGGAAGUUUAUGCUUAAGCCGAGAUGGGAGACGAAAAAGGAUUUAUUAG